AUGAUCAAAAGGAGAGCGAGAACCAGGCGCACAGUCAGAGGAGGAACUGACAAAACCUCUGACACCACAGCUGAUCCCAACCUGAACUGACACACCUGCCCACCCUGACACUCACUCCGCGCCUGCGCAGUGGCCGGAGCUCAUCGAUGAUGCGAUUGAGUCUGGCUGUUUCCCGUCAGGCAGCGCGCGCGGCCUGCUCCUGGUUUGUGUCCAGUCAUCGCGGUGCCGGCGCUGAGCGGGGCCCGGGUUCAGGGAUCGCGGAGAGAGACAGAGGUGGGGGAGCGAGCGAGGCCUGAGCGGCUUUCCUUGUGGUUUGAGCAGCGCCCGCGACAUGAAGGAGAUGGCGGGGAAACAGAAGCCCAAAGACACGGCCUCGGAGCGGGGCAAAGCCACGAGCGGGAGCGGCCCCGGGGCUCCCGAUGUGGAGAUGAAAGACGUGUCCGGGGAGAAUGGAAGCGAGCAGCCCGAGGCCGCGCACAAAACCCAGAAAGAGCUGGACCUGAUCACAUUGGAGGAUAUCAAAGAACACGUAAAGCAGAUUGAGAAAGCUGUAUCAAGCAAGGAGCCACGGUUCGUCCUGCGGGCCCUGCGAGCACUACCUUCCACCUGUCGCAGACUAAAUCCCACCGUCCUCUACAAGGCCAUCAAUGGCUUCUUUGUCUCAAAUACUUCAACAAGGGAUUUCCUGUUGGCUUUUCUCGAGGAGCCAAUGGAUACAGAAGGGGAUGUGCAGUUUCGCCCUCGAACAGGAAAAGCGGCUUCUGUACCUCUUCUGCCUGAGGCUGAAGCCUACUUGCAGCUUCUGCUGGUCAUUUAUUUGACAAACAAUAAGCGAUACACUGAGGCACAGAAAUGCUCAGAUGAUCUGAUGCAAAAGAUUGCUGCUCAGAAUCGUCGGGCUCUGGAUCUGGUUGCUGCUAAGUGUUAUUAUUACCAUGCUCGGAUUUAUGAAUUCCUCAACAAGCUUGAUGUAGUUAGAAGUUUCUUACAUGCACGUUUGAGGACUGCCACCCUACGCCAUGAUGCUGAUGGACAGGCCACUCUGCUGAACUUGUUGUUGAGGAACUACCUGCAGUAUAACCUUUAUGAUCAGGCUGAGAAGCUCGUCUCCAAAUCCAUUUUUCCAGAACAAGCAAAUAACAAUGAGUGGGCUCGAUAUCUUUAUUAUACUGGUCGUAUUAAGGCUAUUCAGUUGGAAUAUUCGGAAGCCCGGAGAACAUUAACCAAUGCUCUACGAAAGGCACCUCAGCACACUGCGGUUGGCUUCAAGCAGACGGUUCACAAAUUGCUGAUUGUGGUGGAGUUAUUAUUGGGUGAGAUCCCAGACAGACUGCAGUUCCGACAGCCAUCACUGAAGAGGUCCUUGAUGCCCUAUUUCCUGUUGACUCAGGCUGUGCGCACUGGGAAUUUAUCCAAGUUUAACCAGGUCUUAGAACAGUUUGGAGAGAAGUUUCAGGCUGAUGGCACGUACACAUUAAUCAUCCGCUUGAGGCACAACGUCAUCAAGACAGGUGUGAGAAUGAUCAGUUUAUCUUACUCCCGCAUCGCUCUGACUGAUAUAGCACAGAAACUCCAGCUGGACAGCCCAGAGGAUGCAGAGUUUAUAGUUGCCAAGGCAAUUCGUGAUGGUGUAAUUGAGGCCAGCAUUAACCAUGAGAGAGGAUAUGUCCAAUCUAAAGAGACCAUUGACAUUUAUGGCACACGAGAGCCUCAGCUAGCUUUCCAUCAGAGAAUCUCCUUCUGUCUGGAUAUCCACAACAUGUCUGUUAAGGCAAUGCGAUUCCCACCCAAGUCAUACAACAAAGAUUUGGAAUCAGCUGAGGAGCGGCGAGAAAGGGAGCAACAAGAUCUGGAAUUUGCAAAAGAAAUGGCAGAGGAUGACGAUGAUGGAUUCCCGUGAUCUGGAUCUGCAUGAUUAUUGAUUUAGAAGAUUUUGAAUUACUGUAUCUAAAAUCAGUAAACCUAAAUAAACCAGAAACAUGACAUUAAACUAUGAUGGAAGUUCUUUUAUGGACUCGUACAUCUGUCAGCAUGUUCUGAGAAUGGAUUUUUGAGCUUUUACUCUAUUCAGGUUUGGUGUGUGUUUACCUGCUUUUAUUUCUGUUUUCUUAAGAAUAGUUCCCUUUUUGUCCCUUUAAAAUUUGUAACCAAUAACUUGCUGAUGAAAAUAUGGCUAAUAAAAACAAUAACGCAUA